AUGCCGGUUGAGUUAAACAGCCUAACAGAAGGUUGGCUGGAAUUAGAAAGUGAUCCCGGCUUGUUUACUUUACUAUUGGAAGAUUUUGGAGUAAAAGGUGUCCAAGUAGAAGAAAUAUAUGAUUUGCAUAAGCCCUUUGAGAGUCCAGUAUAUGGCUUUAUUUUUUUAUUUCGAUGGAUAGAAGAAAGACGAUCUCGUCGUAAAUUUGUUGAACAAAUAGAAAGUUUUGUACGUGAUGAGGAAACUAUCAAUAAUAUAUUUUUUGCGCAGCAAAUGGUGCCUAACAGUUGCGCUACUCACGCACUUCUUUCCAUUUUAUUAAACUGCCCCAAUCUGCACUUAGGAGAAACACUCAGCAGGUUAAAGCAUCAUACUCUUGGCAUGAAUCCAGAAAACAAAGGAUGGGCAAUAGGAAAUACACCAGAGUUGGCUUGUGCGCACAAUUCUCAUGCAAUCCCACAAGCUCGUAAAAAGACUGAUAAAAAUGCUGGUGUUCCAACUGGACGAUUUACAGGGGAAGCAUACCAUUUUGUAAGUUUUGUGCCUAUCAAUGGGCACCUCUUCGAAUUGGAUGGCUUAAAGCCUUAUCCUACAGAUCAUGGCCCAUGGGCUACUGAUGAAGAUUGGACUGACAAAUUCAGGAGAGUGAUGGCUGAGAGGCUUGGUAGAGAUGCAGGUGAACAAGUGCAUGAUAUCAGAUUUAAUUUAAUGGCUGUUGUUCCUGACAGAAGAAUAGCUCUUACACAAAAGUUGCAAGCUCUUGAGAUGAACCAGAAAAGAGUAAAAGAAGCAAUAUCAAAAAUCGGCAAACAUUUGCGUCAUUUGUUAAGUAAGAACAGGGAAUUUAAUGAAGAUACCAUGUCUCAAAUGAACAAUGAGAACUCUAUACUUGAUACCAUUCAGAUAACUGAGGAAGCUAUUCUGAAUGCAAUAGAAUCAUCACAAACACAAACAUAUGAUAUUGAUUACACUGAUCCCAUCACAAUUGAAAUUGGUGCUUCAGACAGGCCACAACAGGAUAACAGCUUAGCUCUAGUGGAUCCAGUAGAACAAGGCGAUACUGUAAAGUUUGUAACCUUAAAUAGGGACUGCCAGAUCUUGGAUGAUAUAUAUCCGACAUCAACAUCUGCUUUAGUGAAAAGCAAUGAGAUGCCUGUACUAGUAUACUGUGAGGCUGCGCCCGAGCAACCGUUCAAGUUGAAAAAACUAUUAUUAACUCACCCAGAACUAAAUAUGCUAAUGACGAAUAUUGUCAAUGAAGUGCAAUCGUGUCAGCAGGCUCUGAACGAUGAGAAUGAUAAAAGAGAUAUGUAUAAGGUGGACGACUGCCGACGCACGCACAACUACGACGAGUUCAUCUGCACGUUCCUGUCGAUGCUGGCGGAGCGCGGCGCGCUGGCGGAGCUGGUGGCGGCGCAGCUGGAGCGCGGGCGCGCGCCGCGCGUGCGCCGCCGCCGCCCGCGUCCGCGCGCCCGCACACGCGCCCGACCCCGCCCGCGCCCCCGCGCCCGCGCGCGCAACUGA